GUGUGUCGGUGAUCAUGUCCGCCGCUACAGCCGAACCUUUCCCCGGAUACACCGGAGCCACCAUGAUGGAGAAGGAUUCGGGCCAGGACACCGCGUUAGGUAGUGCUUAUUCUCCCGUGGAUUAUAUGAGCAUCACCAGCUUCCCCCGGCUACCAGAGGACGAUGUGCAGACAGGGGAGACCGGGGAGGGCGGCCUGAGAUCCCGCAGAGACGACGAUCAGUUCCUCGGUGAGCAGGAUACAGAUCCGGACCAGUUCCUGAAAUCCGCCCGUCUGCAGCGUCUGGCCUCGUCUGCUUCAGACCUGGCCAGCCACGAUUCGUCGUCUUUGAGAGAGACGAGACAGGACCCGCUGGCUCAGCAGUGCGCGUGCACACGGGACGGCCUGACCGUCAUCAUCACGGCCUGCCUGACCUUCGCCACGGGGGUCACCAUCGCCCUCAUAGUGCAGAUCUACCUCGGGGAACCACAGAUCUACAAUCAGGGAGCUGUAGUGACGGACGUGGCUCGCUGUACCGCUCUGGGUUCUGAGGUUCUAGAAAAGCAGGGUUCCAGUGUGGAUGCUGCCAUCGCUGCUGCCCUCUGUCUGGGCGUCGUCCACCCACAUACGUCCGGCAUCGGAGGAGGUGGUGUGAUGCUGGUCCACGAUAUUCGGAAGAACGAGAGCCGCAUCAUUGACUUCCGUGAAACGGCGCCCUCUGGCCUCCGGGAGGAAAUGCUGCAGAAUCUGGAUCAGAAGCCGGGUCUGAUGGUGGCGGUUCCGGGCAUGCUCAGUGGAUUCCACCACGCUCACCAACUGUACGGGAAAAAGCAUUGGAAGGAUGUGGUUGCCACGGCUGCAGACGUCGCCAGGAAGGGAUUCAACGUUACCCACGACCUUGCGGACGCUCUGUCUAAAAUAAAGGAUGAGAACGUAUCCCAGGCGUUCCGGGAUCUCUUCUUCCCCGAUGGUAGUCCCUCACUCUCCGGCCUCUUCAUGACGCGUCAGGAUCUGGCAGCAGUUCUGGACCGGGUGGCAGCCAAGGGGAUCUCUGGAUUCUACGACGGAAAUCUGACGCAGGAGAUGGCAUCCGCGAUUCAGGCAGCUGGAGGGGUUUUGACUAAGGAGGAUUUCCGAAACUACACGACGGUUCUGCAGAAGCCAGUACAAAGCUUUUACCAGGGCUAUCAGGUUAUGGUUGCACCGCCUCCUCAUGCUGGAGCGGCUCUCCUCACAGCCCUCAACAUCCUGGAAGGUUACAACAUCAGCAGCCAGGCUCAGAGGAGCAGCAUCCUGCACUGGAUUGCCGAGUCUCUGAAAAUCGCCCUGUCUCUGGCCAGCAGUCUGGGUGACCCCUCCUUUGACUCCUCGGUCUCUGAAGUCGUAGCCCGGAUGCUCAGUAAAAAGGAGGCUGGGUCCUUCCGGCAGAAGAUCAACGACUCUCAUGCAUCUCCUCCUGACUACUACAACCCCAGUUUUGCCCUGGAGGAGGGCGCGGGCGUCGGCCAGGUCAUGGUCAUGGGGCCGGAUAACUUCAUCGUCUCGGUUAUAAGCUCUAUGAAUCGGCCGUUCGGGAGCCGGAUCGUCACCUCCUCUGGGAUUCUCCUCAACAGCCAGAUUCUGGAUUUCUCCUGGCCCAACAAGAGCCACAGCUUGGGGCCACACAAUCCGCACAACAGUGUUCAGCCCGGGAAGAGGCCGCUCUCAUUCCUGAUGCCCACCGCUGUCCGGCCGUCACUGGGGGUGUGUGGGACUUACGUGGCACUCGGAUCCUCCAACGGAGACCGGGCACUGAGCGGCAUCACACAGGUUUUGAUGAACGUUUUAUCUCUACGUAAGAACCUGAGUGAGAGUUUGACCUUCGGGAGGCUUCAUCCUCAGCUGGAGCCGAACACGCUGCUGGUGGACGCCGAGUUUCAGAAAGCCGACGUGGACGCUCUGGAGAAGAAAGGCCAUGAUGUGAAACGAGUGGAGGUGAUCUCACUGGUAGAAGGAGCCAAAAGGACCAAUGAUGUGAUUAUCGGGGUGAAGGACCCUCGCAUACCCAUGCCCUGAUUCCUCACUAUCCUGUCCUGCAGGAAGAAUGUAGUGUGUGUGUGUGUGUGUGUGUGUGCGUGCGCGUGUGCGUGUGUGUGAGACCAUCAAGAAGGAAAUGAGUGUGCUACGUCACGACACGCUCAGAAUCCGCAUGGCAUGAUCUCUGCAACUCGAAUGAUUUGUAUUGCAUCUGUUUAUUGUGGGUUUGUUAUCACAGCUUGCUUAACAGUAGGUACAGUGUUGUUGGGUUUGAAUGCAUCAACUUCUAAUAAUUGUAUUAAAAUAAAUCCAUAAGCUCUUGGUGACUUAGAUAUUAGACCUGAGUUUCAGUGGGCUGCUUUUUUAGUGGAAUAUUUCUGACUACUCAAAUGAAACAUAAAGUGACUAUUUGGGCUUUUUCUGACCACUGCUGCAUGAACUUUGGACUUGAUAGAUCCAGAGCUGAUCAGGAAUGGCUCUACGUUAGAUGUCUGUCCUGUAAUAAAUUAAUGGGCAGAACUUUCUAGAGCUUCUUAUUAAUAUAGGCACAGAGACGUCACUAGCUGUAGCUUUGGGAUCGACUUGUUAUAGACCUACAGAUACUUUCCACUUUCCAGUUUGAGUUUUAUUUGUACAUUUUGGUAGCACCAAGGUUCUUCAGUAUCACAAUCCCGUCUAACUUAUAGGAAGUUAAGACUCUUGAAACGGCCACCAGCAUGUUGUCCAGUACAACUCGAUUGCCAAUAGGUUUAAGUUUGGAGUUUCCUUCUCUUUUAGUUUUUGUGUAAAAGCCUCAGGUCUGUGAGGCAGAAGAGACGAUGCUGUAUAUUGUUAUGGACCAGCGCUGUCAUCCCCAGGGCAGUUUAUUAUAUGUUAUAUAUAAUUAUUUGGAUAUUAUUUGGAUAUUCUGUUGUGUGUGUGUGUGCGCCAUGGUGUACGUUUUAAGUGCCAAGUUACAAAAACGUAUGAUUUUGAAGUUCCAUUUAGCAGUAAUGUUCAGGUCAGUAAAAGUUUGUGUAUGCCAGUUCUUCCUCUGUUACGAUGCUGAAUAUUAUUUAUUAAUCAUUUAGUGUGUAAUUUAUUUUGCUAAGAUGAUUUCUUUGUAAAAUGGUCAUUUUUAAUGUCCAGCAUUUAUCAGAACGUUAUGCAUUGGUGUUGUAUUUAUUUUCUGGUUUUGUACUGUGGCUUUACGUUAUUGUAAAUAUUUGCACUAUUUUUUGAAGGUUACGUUAAUACUGUAAUGUAAUGUUAAAGGACAAAUGUUAGAUUUUAUAUGGAGUAUAACAACAAGUGCAGUGAUCAGCUUGUAAAAAGUAUAUUUACUGCAUUUUUACGGUGAUGAACUGAUUGUAGAAUGGAAUGAUACAAGAUAUGAGCUGCCAGUAUCUGUUUUAUUGAAGAGCGACUGUCUGGUGCACAAAAAUUGGACAAAAAUACGCUGAAUAGUGUUUUACUUACUUACUUUGGGGUUUUACUAUUGAAUCGUAACUGCUCAUAGUUUUUAUUUGCUCAGUAUCUGUUAUUAUUAAAAUCCUUUAAGGUUUAAUAAAUGCAUUCACUGAUGAAACCUUUCAA